AUGGGAAGACUCAUCAAGAACCACUUGGCCCGUCUCAUCAUCCUUACGGCAGCGACGUACCAGAUCGCAGCUGGCCUCCAUGGGUACUUCUGGCCCAAGAUUUUCUGGGAUACGUGGACCAAGUCUCUCGACCAAGCGGUCAAGCCAGUCCCCGCCCUUCAAACCCUCAACCUACUGAUGGGUAUAAUCGGCGUCUGCUGGGAAUACCCUCUCCCCCUGUUCAUCCCUAACACCUCCCUCCACCGAAGUAUUGCCGCGAGGCUCACCAUCUACCCUCUCAGCGUCCUUUGCGCCGCACUCCUGUACCAGGGUACCAACGCAGCAAUCUACUAUCUCGUCGGAAUCCUCAUCUACUUCUGGGCAUACAGUGAUGGCGAAAUCGUCUGCAUGCCAUGGAAAGUCCCCGAACGCCCAAGACCCCGCCAACGGCCCCCCCCAAAUAUAGAGAAAGAAAAGUUUUGA